AUGGAGCACCAUUUGGGCAAUUUGGCCUAUCGGAACUAUUUGUCAGAACAGACCAAGGCAAACAAUUUGGCUCGUUCCUCUCAGCAUCACACAACCAGCCCCACUGGCGGCACAGUGAAUUCUAUCGAGCAUUCCAACAGCACCAGUCCUAUCAGCAAUUCUGCGCAUAAUUACAACGGGACAAGGAUCAAUGGAACUGCCGACGAGUCAGAUAAACCGAUCACAAUGUUAAAUGGCAAUGGGGAUUUGAAAUUACCACAGAAAAAAGUCAAAAACGGACCUCUGUCCAUACCGACUUCACCACCGACGGGCAAAUAUACUGCACCCGAGCCUCAGCUCACAUCUCGUGUGGGAAAAUACACGAUUGUGCGUACAGUUGGCCGAGGAAAUUUUGCCCAAGUCAAAUUAGCCAUCCAUGUGACCACUGGACGUGAGGUAAGCGUUCGUACGUGA